AUGGUAUCCUGUAUCGCAGUCUUUCGUUUGAGCGAGGUUCGCUUGCCCUUUGAAAAGUUUGCCUCCGCGUACGAGGAGGUCCUGUCAACUGCGUUCGUGCGAUGCAACUCGAGGAGAGGCAGGGGAAGAGUAGUUGUUGGCUUGGCCAUCCAGCUGCAGCAGAUGCAGUACCAGCAGGCGCUCGCGCAACAGACCCUAGCGGCGCAGCAGAUGGCGGCUGCGCGCAACCCCGCCAAGAUGGCCGCUGACAUGGCCAAGGCGCGCGCACUGGAGCUCAGCAAGCAGCUGAAGGCGCUGGGGGGCGGGGGAGGAGACGAUUCGGACCGGGAGCGGGGUAAUUCGCCCCGCUCUUUGAAGAGCUACUCGCCACCCCCCCGAAUGAGGUCCCCCUCUCCCAGGCGGCGGCGGUACCCUAGCAGGUCACCCCCUCGAUAUGGACGGGACGGCAGGCGAGAGAAGAGCAGAGAUAGGUAUGAGAGCCGGCGCUACCACUCUCGGGACCGUCUCGACUCGCGCCGCGCCCGCGACCGUGACCGUGAUCGUCGGGACGAGCCCGAUCGGGAUCGCGACCGGCGCCGUUACCGCUCCAACGACCGCAGCUCCCGCCGCCGGCACAGCCGCAGCCCUUCGCGCGAUCGCCGCAGUUCACGGUACCGCUCGAGGGAUCCACCUCGCUCGCGGGACGAUCGGUCGAGGCGGGACCGGUCGCCGAGUCGUCCGCGCAGGGACCGCUCGGUCUUGCGGUCCCGUGGGGGAAGGGAGGAGAGAAAACGGUCAGGGAGCCGAGGGGAAAGGAGGGAGUCUCCAAGCAGGGGGGGGAGAGAUGAGAGGAAACGAUCUCCAAGCCGGGAGUCGAAGCGAUCAAGGGGGGGUGGCGAUGAAAAGGAUCUGAAGUCUCCCGUGGGGAAGAGAAGGAGUCGGACGCCGGAACGGAGCACACGUCUGAGGAGUCUCUCGGCGGAACCGAACCUGAGACGGAGGGAUGGUGUUGCUGAGAAAAGGGCUUCUGAGAGGGAAGAAAGAGGGGAGGACCGUCCAGAAGGGAGGGAUCCGGGACGCGAUUCUGGAGCGGUGAAGAGGAAAUCGGAGACCGAUGAUAAGGACGAGAGGAAGGGGCAGGCGGUUUUGGAAGCGUCGAGGGUUGCAGUGCCGAAGUUGGAGGAAGGGAAGGGAGGGGAGCGAAAUGUUGAGGAGCCAGAAAUGAAGUCGCCCCAGACAAAGAGCGAAGGAGGAAGGGGGCCAGCGGGGAAGAGAGGUGGCGGCGAGUUCGCUGAGCCCGCAGCGAAAGCGCCAAAAGAAGCCGGGGCGAGGACGCCCAAAGCGGCGGGAAAGAAAGGUGCAGGGAAAACCGGCAAGGAAGCGCCGAAAAGAGAGGAGUCUCCGGGGGCGAUCGAGCGGGCGCUGCGAGCGGCCGUGGAGCGGAGCAUGCGGGAGAGGCGCGCGGAAUCGGCGAAGAGAGAAGCGGGGCUGGUGUCGCCCCCUGCGCCGGGGGGGUUUGAGAAGCAGGAGAGAGAGGGGGGGUUUGAGAAGCAGGAGAAAGAGGGGGGUUUAAAGAAGCAGGAGGAAGAGGGGGGGUUUCAGAAACAGGAGAAAGAGGUGGGGUUUGAGAAGCAGGAGCAGGGGGAGGGGUUUGGGAACCAGAGGAAACAGGGGGGUGAUGCGCAAGGAGAGGGAAAGGGGUUUGAGGUUUCGGGGCAGAAGGGGGAGGGGCGGAAGGAAACGCUAGGCAUUAUUGGGCAAGAUGCUGGAGGUACGGAGGAGACCGAGAGCGGGCCGAGGCCAGAGAAGAAGGACGUUGAAUCCUCCGAGGCGAUAUUUGGAGGGGCGACCGUAAAUUUGAUCGGCGUACAAAAGCAGAUGGGCUCAGAAACCCAAGUGGGCGGUUUGGUUCUUCCCCGUUCAGAUGCUUCAGGACAGCCCCCAGAACAGCCGGGGCUUGGACACGCUGACAGGGGAUCUGUCGAGGAAACGGAGCGGCCAGCUAAGGAGGUCGGAGUCCCAAACGGCAAGGAAAGCCCUUCCAAGGCGCCCGGAAUGCCGGGGUUGGCGGGCGUGAACGGACCGGAGAAAGCUGUUCAGAAGGGGGGCGGUGGAGCUCAGUUCCCCGAAGGGCAGGGCAUCGCGACGCAGUCUGUGAGAGUGGGCGCUGUGAACACGGGGGGUGCAGAGGUUGAGGAGGAAAAGCUGGGUUUUGGUUGGGCUUCUGCCGGCAAGCGAAGUGAUGUUUUGGGAGGAGGCCUUCACCUCGAGAACGGGACAAAAGCUGACGGUUCUGCUGCUGAGGGCGGCAGAACCGCUUCUAGGGACGUUGCGGAACCUGCCUUAACCACCAACGCAGUCUCGGCUAAAACGCCCCUGGUUGACGAAGCAGAGAAAGCCGCAGCCCCAGCGCAAGUGCCUGGAAUAUCUGGGACCGGAGCAGCCGCCUCGCAAAAGGACGGGAGGGCGCACAGCUCUGCUGACGUCAGCGGGAAGGGGCCGGCGCUCCCUGCGGCGAGUGCUGAGGUCAGCGUCAAGAAAGCGGCAGUCCCCGCCGCGAAGGCACCCCCGAAGCUGGGGGGUUUGUCCGACGAUGACGACAUGCCCCCGCUGCCGAGCGUUCGGAAGAGAGAGGAAGACGAAGAGGAAGUGGAGUUUGGGGUUUUGGGCGGGAAGCUGCCUUUCGUGGCGCCAAAGGGGGCCAUGAAGCCGAUUGCGCGGAAGGGGGUCAAAGUGAGCGGGGGCAUCAGCUUCAAGCUGGGCGGUGUGAACAAGUCCGCCGAGAACUCGCCCAAGCCCGCUGACGCUGUGAAAAAGCCCCAGGAGAAGGAGCCAGAAGAGGUGCCCGGUGUGCCAGGUGGCCUGAAGGAGGGUUCGGGCCCUGUAGGGGGGCUGGUUCAGCAGAGCGAAGUGGAGAAUGGAGGGGGCUUGAGCGCAGCGGACGUGCAGCAGGGCCUGGUCAAGGCAAAGGAGGCCCCGCCCGUCAGCGCUGAGGUCAGCAAGGAGUUGGCGGACCUGAAACGGGCGCUGAUUGAUGAGGACGAUGACGGGGUUCCGGUUGCCGACGGAAAGCGUGGCAAGGAGCGGGAGGGGCGACACGGCAAGCGGCGCAGGCAGAGGAGCAAGAGCAGCGAACGGGAGAUGACGCUGGAGGGAUCCAGCGACGGCGAGAGAAAGAGGGUCGAGAAUCCGCGUUCUCGGCGAGAGUCCGAGGACGCGGCUUAUGCUGCAGAAAGCGGUGAGCGGCGGCGGCACCGUAGUCUUAGCGACUCUCGGAGGCGCUAUGAGGACCGUUAUCGUGAGGACCGGUUUUACGAGGAGGGUCGCUACGGCAGGGAGGACCGUUACCGCAGGGAGAGGUACGAGGACGACGAUGGGGGCCGUUAUCAGGCCCCGGACUCGGAGGAGGAGCGGCGGGAAAAGGCGCGGCGGGAGGGGCGAUUGGAGGACAGGGAAGAGGGGGAGGAUCGGAGGGCGUAUCUGAGGGAGUCUGAUGAGAGCCACGGAGAGGGAGAGGCGGUCGAUUCGGAGCGGGAGAAACGGAAGCGGCGGAAGGAGAGGCGGAAGCGCCGCAAGCGGAGCAAGAGCAAGGCGGACGGAACUGACGACGAUGGCGAGAAGAAGGAGGGGUUGGUGCCUUACUCGGAAGACGAAGGUGAAGAAAGUCGCAAGGAGAGGAGGCGGAAGAGGAAGAAGGAAAGGAGGGGCGACGGGGAGUCGUCCUCGGAAGAGGAGGGUCGCUCUAGGAGGAAGCAUCGGAAGCGGCACGGGGUUGGAGUUGACGCAAAUGGAGUAGGAGAAGAGCGAGUUGCGGCCGUGGUUGGAGGAGCAGCCGGUGGCUCGUCCGACGAGGACGAGGAAGCAAGGAGGAAGAGGCGCAAGGAGCGCAAGAAGCGCAAGCACCGGCGACAUCAUGGCAAGGAGGAUAGGAGUGAAGGCUCAGAUAAGGAGGAUCAGUUGGGCGGCAAGCGGGGAUUGUCUAGCUCUCGAAGCCCCACAGUCGGGUCUCCUGCCAAUCUAGUAGAGUAGCUGCGCUCGGAUCAUGAGGAGUUAGAUCGGAAUAGGCGGCUCUUUGACCUCUGCAUUAUAUGAUGUUGGAGCUAGAGCGGGCUAGAUUUGGUCGUUGGCCUUAUACAAGUUUGAAACUAGCCAAUACUUGACUUUGUUGCCUACGGUGACUCCGCCUUUUGUGCAGUUGUCUUCACAUCCCUCAUAGUGGUCUUAUUCCAC